UAUCCAAUCCCCUUCCCCUCCGCUACAAGAACCUCAAGAACCCUAGACAAUUGGCGACCUCGAAAAGCCCUAGAGCCGUCUCCAAUGGCGGACCACCAGCCCGCCGCCUCCUCCCCCAAGAGGAAGAAGAAGCACUCCAAGAAGCCGGAGGACAGCAAUGCCACCGUCGACGACUCCCUCGCCGCCGCCGCCUCCCCCUCCCCCAAGAAGAAGGAGAAGCACUCCAAGAAGAAGCGGGAAGCCAUCGAUGCCACCAUGGCCGCUGCCUCCCCCAAGAAGAAGGAGAAGAAGCACUCCAAGAAGCAGGAAGACACCAAUGUCCCCGAGAAGAAGCGGGAAGUCGUCCAUGUCACCGUGGACGCCUCCCUCACCGGCGCCGCCGCCGCGGGCGCAGCCCCCGUCGUCGCCUACUUCCCGACCGGCUACGACCCCCUGGCCGCCGGCGGCGGCAGGAAGGGUAGAGAGGCCCCCCGCACGAGGCUGUUCCGCCACACGAAGCACCCAUCCCGCAUCGAGCUCGUGGUCGGCGCCGCCACUGGUGGCGGCGGAGGGCCGGACUUCGUCGGGCGGAGCUACGCCGGCGAGGCCGUGCUGCCGCAGCUCACUGGCUACGCGCUCGGUGUCCUCGACAAGGCCUCCGGCACCCUCAAGGUCGUCCCCAUCGCCGCCAACAAGAUUCUUAGGCUAGAUCCGCACCUUGAAGUGCAGAAACUGGCGCAUUCGCAGCACUCUGGGGCAGUAGGGGAGGCAGUAUCAUCAGCAGGAGAUGCUGACUUGAAGGUACAGGAUAUUACCAAGGCGUUUGGAACCCAGAAAGACAAGGCCAAGGAUAUUAAGUGGCAGUCAUUAAAUGAACAAAGGAAUGAUCCUUCUGCUUUUAUGGACCUUGACCUUGGGAAUGCUGAUACCAGUGUGGGUGCUAAUGAAAGUCAAGAACCAACUGUACGGAACAUUCCACCUUAUGAUCCUGCAGCAGAUACAUCAGAAAGGGCAUAUCUUUUUGAUGAGAUUAUUCCAAAGAGUAUAAGGCCGCACCUUGUGGAUAUUAUAGGACAUUUUGAGUCAGGAGAAAUUUCUUCAAAAGGCUAUGGGAGUUUUGUGUCAAAUCGUGUUAAUAAAUUACAGGAGCUUCAGGGUGAAGAUAAGGAGAGGCUUGCUUGGAUACUGUCCUACAUCACACAUCUCCUAUCCCUGCUGGCACGGAACAGCUCCAUGUCCAAGCGGCACAGAAAGGAAAACCAGGCUACCAGUGGACCAGUGAUCCCACAGUAUGUAUAUCGUAAGAUGGUGCUAAUGUUUACGGAACCAGGAUCUAGCGCCUUGUCAACAGAGAAACACGAGCUUCUGAUCAACUACAUUCUCGUACUCACGCUCUACGCUGAUGACUUCAGAUCCGACCCUAAGGAUAUAUGUGAAGACCUGAAAAUGACCCGCCAGAUGAUUAAACCAUAUUAUGACCAGCUGGGAUGCAAAUCUUCGUCGGCCGGUGCAUUUAAAUCCUCUGUAAUGACACUUCCAGCUCCCCUCAAGUUCCCAAAAGAAGCUACAAGGAGAAAGCGACGAAGGUUCUGAUCAUCUCAGAAGGAUCUUUAGCCUUAUCUGAAUGUGGGUGUGAUAGGAAAAGAUUGUUCGAAGUUGGGCCUGAGUUUAUGCAUGCUCAGCCCAGCCUUCCGAAUUACUGAAACAUGUGGAAUAUGGCUUUUGCCUUGUUUUUGUUUCCCCUUGUCACCUGGAGUUGCUGUCACAAAGGCAGAAUAUUGUUUAUGUAUUGAUGACAUUUUUUAACCCUUUUUUUUUCUCAUCUUGCCUACCAGAAUUUACAUUGAAGAUAUCUAGCUUUUGCCUUGCAUGAA